AUGCGGCAAAAGGCAUAUCCUUUGCAAGGGAUUAUUUACACUGGUAAAACAGAUGGCACUCGGGAAAAAAAUCAGGGUGAAAGAGUAGUGAAAGAAUUGACGUCUCCGUAUCGAGGUAGUGGUAGAAACGUCUGCAUGGAUAACUUCUUUACUACCCUACCCGUUGCUAAACAUUUGUUAUCGUGGAAUGUUACCAUUGUUGUCACGAUAAAAAAAAAUAAACCUUACAUCCCUAGUGUCAUGGGAGCAAAUAAGACACGGAAGCAGUAUUCGACAGUUUUUGGAUUUCACGAAAAGGUUACCAUGUGUUCUUAUGGUCCUAAAAAAAAUAAAGCUGUCAUUCUGUUAUCUACAAUGCAUUCAGAUGCAUCAGUUGGUGAUGACGCUAAGCAAAAACCAGAAAUUAUAAUUUUUUAUAAUAAAUAUAAAGCUGGCGUUGACACAAUGGACCAAAUGGUCCGGAGGUACACAAGUCAACGACGAUCUUCGAGAUGGCCAAUGGCAUUGUUCUUCAACAUGCUAGACAUUUCUUCACUUGCAUCAUAUAUAAUUUAUUACGAAAAUAAUAAAAUGAUUGUCAAAAAAACGACAGAACGUCGUCAAUUUAUGCGGAAGCUAAGUGAAGAACUAGCAUUGCCGAUGAUUGAACACCGUACGGCGAAUCCGCAAGUGAUACGUCACUUCUCAACAAAGAUUGCUGUUGAAAGUAUUUUAGGUCAUGCACUAGCAGAAACAAUCGAGAUAAAUCCUGGUCCAGUGGUUCCAAAAGAUAAAACCGGAAGAAAAAAACUGACAGGAUCUUGUCAUGUGUGCAAUGCCUUGCCAAUAAAAAGACGACGAAAGACUCAUAUAAUAAGUAAACCAAAGAGAAAGAAGCAAAAUACAGAUACUGAAAGUGAAGAUGAGACUGACAUGAGUUUAAGAGAAAGUUCCUGUUCUCCCAUUGAAGAGAUUGCUGAAGGAUCUGAUGUCGAGAACGAAACUCCAAUUUUAACCGAAUUCGUGAAAGAGAAAGGCUUUAUUCUAGUGAAGUUCGAGAAGAAAAAGUCUGUCAAACACAAUGUUGGUCAGGUGAUUACCAAAUAUAGUUCCACUGAGUACAAAGUUUCAUUUUUAUGA